AUGUUGAGUCGCGCCAUCUUGCCUCUUACGAGGCCUAAUGCCCUCGCCUCUGCCACCCGCCUGUCGCGCGUCCCACGGGUUUCGGCCCUGUCUGUUCAGCAACCGCGAUGGUACGCCAAGGGUAAGGACACACCAUAUGAGCUUCCCGAAUCGCUGCAGGAAUCCAAAUCAGCCAAAUCCAAGAAGUCAGCCUCCAAGAACCAGCCAGAGUCAGAGCAAUCCGAGUCUGAUAAUAAGACCAAGCCCGACACCGACGCUGCUGAGUCCAGCACUCCCGAAACCGAACAAAUCCCAAACCAGCCCCUCCCUGAUCUAACACAAGGCAUCCCGUCGACCUUGGCCGCCGAGCUGGAAGGUCGUAUGAAGAAGGGCGGCUCAUCACACCUGAACAUUACAGAGGACCACACCCAAUCUGAUGAGUACAGUGAAGAUGGCCGAGGUGGUGGUGAUAUCCCUAAGAGUGGAUAUGAAACCUCCCUAGACCGCCGCAAGGCCCGCAUGGCCAACAUCAUGUACGCAUUGCUGCUGGCCGCUGGUGUUGCUGGUGUGGGUUACCUGGGUCGCAACUGGGAAACCGAAGAAGAACAGCGUGCCCACGCCGAUGAACCAUCUGGCUGGGGCGUUGGUCUCUGGUGGAGCCGUACCAAGGCUCGCAUGGGUGACCUGACCAGCUACUAUAAGGACCCGGCUUUCCCCCAGCUGCUUCCCGACGAGGAUCCCACCCUUCGCCAACCCUACACACUCGUCCUUAGUAUGGAGGAUUUGCUCGUCCACAGCGAAUGGAGCCGUGAGCACGGAUGGCGUGUGGCCAAGCGUCCCGGUGUCGACUACUUCCUUCGUUACCUUAACCAGUACUACGAGCUUGUUCUUUUCACCACUGUGCCCAGCAUGAUGGCCGACCAGGUUCUCCGCAAACUAGACCCCUACCGCAUUAUCCGCUGGCCCCUCUUCCGUGAGGCCACCCGCUACAAGGACGGAGAGUACAUCAAGGAUCUUUCUUACCUGAACCGCGACCUGUCUAAGGUUAUCCUUCUCGACACCAAGGAGGAGCACGCCCGCCUGCAGCCCGAGAACGCCGUUAUUUUGGACAAGUGGACCGGUGACCCUAAGGACAAGACCCUGGUUGCCCUGAUUCCGUUCCUGGAGUACAUGGCUGGUAUGGGUGUGGAGGAUGUGCGUCCCGUGCUGAAGUCAUUCGAGGGCAGUCAGAUCCCCAUUGAGUUCUCCAAGCGUGAGAAGGCCAUGCGCGAGCGCUUCGAGAAGGAGCUCGCUGAGGAGAAGAAGAAGAAGCCCUCCAUCAGCAUGGGCAGCGUUGCCUCCGCUUUGGGACUGAAGUCUACCCGUGGUCUGGAUGGCGAGAUCUCGCCUUCUGAGGGCCUGGCCCAGGGCAAGAUGCUGUGGGACCAGAUCCGCGAGCGUGGCCAGAAGAACUACGAGCUGAUUGACCGUGAGAUCCGCGAGAAUGGUGAGAAGUGGCUUGCUGAGAUGGCUGCUGAGGAAGAGAAGGCUCGCCAAGAGCAGAUGCAGAGCAUGAAGGGCUCUUUCACUGGCAUGUUCGGUGCUGGAGGUGAAAAGCAGUAA